AUGGCUGAAGCAGUUGCCAAGGAUGCAGCUUACUACGAAUCUAAAGGGAUCAAGUAUAGCGAAGAGUUCUUUACGAACUCGAGGGGCAUGAAACUUCAGACUGCUUCAUGGCUUCCUGCGAACGGCGAGCCAAAGGCCCUCAUCCUCCUCCUCCACGGUUACGCUGUGGACUGCACCACUUUUUUUGCUUCCACAGCAGAGCGGCUAGCAUCAGAAGGUUAUGCAGUUUUUGGAAUUGACUAUGAGGGACAUGGAAGGUCAGAAGGUCUUCCAGUGUACAUUCCGCUGUUUGAGACCAUCAUUGAUGACCUCGUCGAUUAUAUCACCCCUAUUCGAGAGCGCGAGGAGUACAAGAACAAGCGCAAAUUUAUGAUGGGGGAGUCAAUGGGGGGAGCAGUUACCCUCCGCCUGCACCGCAAGGAGCCCACUGCUUGGGACGGAGCCAUUCUCAUGGCACCCAUGUGCAAGAUCUCUGACAAGGUGAAGCCGCCAGCGAUCGUCACUGCAGUCAUGAAAAACCUUGCAUAUCUUCUGCCAACAUGGAAAAUUGUCCCCACGUCUGACAUCAUCAGCGCAGCUAACCGCGACCCGGUUAAGAGAGAAAAGAUCCGGGCCAGUCCGUACACCUUCACGGACAAGCCUCGCCUUCGAACAGCCCUCACCAUGCUAGAGACCAGUGAAGACCUUGAGCGACGGCUGGAUGAGGUGACCCUGCCAUUCCUCCUGCUCCAUGGUGACGCUGAUACCGUGACAGAGCCUGCAGUGAGCCAGGUGUUGUAUGAGAAGGCACGCAGCACCGAUAAGACAUUUAAGCUGUACCCGGGCCUCUGGCACUGCCUCACAGAAGGGGAGCUGGAUGAGAACAUUGAGAUCGUGUUUAAGGACAUUUUUGAGUGGCUAAGUGCCCAUGCUCCUCAGGCGUAA